AUGCCAGCCUCGAAUCCUUCAGCAAUCACACAGGCAUCGAGGAUGCUACCUACCUCCAAUUCUGCACGUCACCCCUUUUCUGCAAUCGUUGAGAAUAUAGAUUACGACAAGCGCUCUCACACUACGGCUUCUCACGAGCGUCAACCACUUCUUGUAUAUACUUUGGACGGCGAGUCCGCAGAUGUGGAUCAAAAAUUCCAAGCAGAUAAUAGCGACACAAUGGCGGCUAAACAACAUACAGUAAUAGAGACAGGUGAGACUGGGCCGGCAGGCGUGAGUUCUCCCAAGACGAAUGAGACCAGAAGCUUGGAUGUGGUUGGGGAGAGAAGUGUUGGAGACGAUGAGAUUGCGCCUGAGAUUUUAGGCCAAGGACUGGAUGCGAUUGAAGGGAAGAAGAAAGCAUGGUACUCGUACUUUACUACGAGGGACUUCUGGAUCGUAUUGGCUCUUGGACAAGUCCUUGCGCUCUGUAUCACUGGAACUAAUACCUUCUCGACUCUGCUGGUCAACAGGGGAACUUCCAUCCCAGCUUUCCAAACGCUGUUCAACUACGUUUUGCUCACUUUCAUCUACACUACCUAUACGGUCUACAAAUAUGGAUUCAAAAAGUACUUUAAGCUACUGUGGAUCGACGGCUGGAAAUACGUCAUCUUGUCGUUCAUGGAUGUUGAGGGUAACUAUUUCACGGUACUGGCGUACAGAUAUACCAACCUUCUCUCGGCUCAACUCCUCAACUUCUGGUCCAUCGUCUGCGUUGUGAUCCUCUCCUUCCUUGUCCUCCACGUCCGCUACAAGUGGGCUCAGAUCGUUGGUAUUCUUGUCUGCUGUGGUGGUAUGGGACUUCUCCUCGCAUCAGACCACAUUACUGGUUCGAACGGUGGGAGUCCCCCCACCAUGCUCAAGGGUGACCUCUUUGGUCUCGCAGGUGCGACGUUGUACGGUCUUUCCAACGUCUUCGAGGAGUGGUUCGUUUCCAAGCGUCCCAUGUACGAAGUCCUCGGCAUGCUUGGCCUCUUCGGGAUCAUUAUAAACGGAAUCACAGCCGCCAUCUUCGACCGUAGCUCCUUCCAACACGCCCACUGGGAUGGCGUCGUUGCUGGCUAUAUUGUUGGGUAUACCUUCAUCCUGUCUCUAUUCUACACGCUUGCCCCGCUCAUUCUGCGAAUGGCCUCGGCAGCCUUUUUCGACAUUUCGCUUCUCACUGGAAACUUCUGGGGUGUCAUCAUCGGCAUCGAGGUUUUUCAUUACUCCAUUCACUACCUAUACCCAAUUGCGUUCGUCCUUAUCAUUUUGGGGCUUAUUACGUACUUCUUGGCGGGUAGCAUUCUCGGGGAUAGCAAGAAGCCUUGGUUGGGUAAUAACCAGGAGCACGGUGUUGCGGGUGUUGGAACUGCGAAGAGGAAGGCGAUCAAGCAAGCGAGAAGAGAGGGUCUGCUGGUUGAUCGUGAAGGGCAUAUUGCGUGA